GCCCCUGUCGCAACGUGUCCUCUAUAAACUCGCUGCCUGCCCGCCCGUUGCCCGAUCGUCUACCUGUCCUCAUCGUCCCCUCCAGCCAAAUGCAGGCCUCUUCCUGCAGACAAGCCCAGCAUGGAGACCAUCUCUUCUCACCAUUCUCAUUCCGCUCUGCUCUCGCCACAUAGCCCCCUCGACACCAUGGCCUCCUCCCCCAGCCAGCCCACCUUCCUCAAACUCGAAGAUCUCGACAACUCGCCGCCUCUCCUGACCUCCUCCACCUACGAGGAUGCGUCUCUGACGUCGACCGCCCCGCAAAGGGUCGUCGUCCACUCCAAACCGGCCAAGAAGCGAAAGUCAUGGGGCCAGGAACUGCCUGAGCCCAAGACGACGCUGCCGCCGCGGAAGCGCGCGAAGACGGACGAUGAGAAGGAGCAACGCCGCAUCGAACGCAUUAAGCGCAACCGCGCGGCCGCACACAACAGCCGCGAGCGCAAGCGACAAGAGACCGACCACCUGGCCGUGGCCCUCGCCCGCGCCAACGCCGAGUUGCAGGCCUAUCGCACGCACUUUGGCGCCCUGCCUUCUUCCGUCGUCCUUCCGGAAGUGACACUCAGCACUGAUGGCGCCGAUACCCCAGCUCCGUCACUCUCUGAUGCCAUGUCAUCAAGACUGUCUGUCGACAGCGGCACAACCCCGCCCACCCCCGCCGACAGUCCUCUCGACCAGCUCAUCAAAGAGGAACCCCUCGACGCCAGCUUCCCACUCUUCCCCAUCACCGAGGAGGAGGAACCCAAGUCCACGCUCCCGCUCUCUCUCCCGCUCCCGCAACUCGACCCGACACAACAUUCUGCAGCAAUGUUGUGCGACCUGCAGUGUCGGUCGACCUGCCCACAGAGCACGAGCAGCAGCAGCAGCAACAAGAGCAGCACGACCUCCUCCUCCUCCAACAAUUUGGCAAUUCUCUUCCUCAACCUCCUCACCCUCAACCUCACCACCACCUACCGCACCCUCCUCCUAGCUCUCUGGAGCACUUCGCCUUCGCGGAUCACGCGUAUGAUGCAAGCUUCAACUCCCCCCUCGACUUCUCCUUCGACGACUUCCUCCACGACGACCCCCACGCCGCUAGCGGUGGUGUUGUCAGCCUCGACCUCGGCUUUGGCGCAGCGUAAUGCAGCGACGGGCCGCAGCUUCGGAGGGCGGCAACAGCACGGCGCUCGACUUGUAGCGCUUCUGCAGCGGCGGGUUCUUCGGGAGGGCGGUCCGAGAGCGACGAGUGUCGAGCCGGGGCAGUCGCGGCAUUGUACUACUACUGCGGAUUCGGUGGCGUUACGGGAGCGUGAUGGGAAAAGUGCUUUGGAGGACAGAGAUCGGGAUGGAAGCUCGAUGGUAGAGUAGCACAUUGGAAACCUAUUACCGUCGUUGGUACCUCAUAGGAAAUCAAAAUGGCAAUGGUCCUCACU